UUUCUGAAAAACCCUUUGAACAUGUCCCUCCCCAAAUCUCUGUUUCUUAUGUUUCUCCCAUAAAACUCAUAUUUUCUGAAAAACCCUUUGAACAUGUCCCUCCCCAAAUCUCUGUACACCCUCCUUUCCCAUCACUUCUCCACUGCCACCAAAACCACCACAAGGCUCCCUAAACUCUCCAAUGUCCCCCACAAGUACAAGUCCGAAGCCGUCGAGCGAGCCCAGAAGGUCCUCACCGACUACCUCCACGCCACCAGGGGCUUCUCCUUCCCAUCCGCCGAGCACAUUAGCAAGAACUGCCGCUUCUCCCUCACCAAUAUCAUCAAAAGGGUCGAUUUUUCGGCCCCGAGUUUCACAAAUCGCAUCCAGAGAUUCCUCAGGUACCACCCCAUCAAUGAAUUUGAGUUUUUCUUUGAAAGCAUUGGCAUAGAUUACAGUCAAGUUUGUCACUUUGUGCCUCCCAACAAGUACUUCCUCUCUGAAGAUGGGACUGUUUUGGAUGCUGCUUGUGAACUUUCUGCAUUUGGGUUUCCUUGGAAUAUGUUAGGGAAGUUGUAUGAAGAGGAGCUUUCUAUUUUUAGAGAGAGUUCAAAGGUGUUAAAAGCUAGGCUUAGUAGGUUUAAGGAAUAUGGAUUUGGUAAUCAUUCAGUUGUGGGUAUGUGCCUGGCUUUCCCGUAUUUGUUGAGCCUGGAGGGUGAUCUGGGUGGUGAUAUUGUGGCAUUGUUUGAUGAUUUGAAAAGGGUUUUUCUGGAGUUUGAUAUUGAAAAUUUUGCUGAGGCAAAUGUAGAGUCUUGGUAUGAGGUCUGUAAGAAAGUUCGGGUGUUUUACGAUUUGGGUGGUGAGAAUGGGAAGAUAGGGGAAUUUCUGGGUAGGAGGAAAGAUGUUUUUCUUGAAUGCCCAGCAGAGGUUUUGUUCCAGAAAGCAAAGUACUUUUGUAAGUUUGGUGUUAGGAAGGAGGAUGUAGGUUUGUUGCUUCUUCAAAGUCCAGAGAUUUUAAACCUUGAUCUGGAAACACCAGUGAUAUCAGCAUUGGGAUUGUUGAAACAUUUUGGAUUGGACACGAAAGAAUUAGAGGCUGUGAGUGAAAAAUACCCUCAUGCGAUGGGAAGAAAUAAAAUGGCAAAUUUACCACAUCUAGUGAGGGCUCUGGAUCUUCAUGAAUGGUUCUUCACUAAGAUUAAGAAUGAACAUCAAUUGUUAGCUAAUUAUGUUAUCAGUGAUUUUGAUGAAGACACUGCAAAAGAAUUUAGUGAUGGAUUGGAGAGGAUCCAAUCUUCGGCAACACCCAUUCAUACAAUGACAAAAUUGAAUUUCUUGCAUGGCAUUGGGUUUGGAGAGAACCCUUUGACUCUACUGGUCUUAGCCCGUUUGCAUGGCAGAAGCAGUGAGCUACAAAAGCGGUUUGAUAGCCUUCUUUCUACAGGCAUUGAAUUCUCAAAGCUUUGUUUGAUGAUAAGAACAGCACCGAAGAUCCUGAAUCAGAGCCCAGAAUCUCUAGAAGCGAAAGUAAAAUUUAUUAGCGAGGAAAUGAAACCUUCUUUGGAGUACCUCAAUAUUUUUCCAGCAUUUUUGUGUUUUGACUUGGAGAACCGGAUCAAGCCCAGAUAUAGAUUUUAUGUUUGGCUCAAAGAGAAGGGAUUGUAUUCUAAAAGCUACUCUAUAGCCAGCAUAAUUGCUACUAGUGAAAAGCAAUUUGUAGCUCGGGCUUUUGGAAUUCACCCAGCUGCUCCAAAACAUUGGUUUGAGAGUUUCUCAUACAGAAAAUCUUUAAAUACUUGUCUGGAGACAUCUCUCACAUAGACUACAGCUUGUUGUAUAAAUGAACUACGUAUAAUAUGAUUAUUACCUGUGGAUUUGGACUUCCAACAUGGUAAUGAUAAGGAUACCAUUAGGAAAUUGUCAAGAUUUAAUCUUCUGUGAUUGUUCCAUUGUGAGAGACUUGUAGAUGUUUAUCUGAUUUUCAAGUAAUGAUAACAUGAGAUAGUUUCUGGUUCUCAGCCACUGUGCUGGUGUUGAUAGUUUCUGGUUGUCAGCCACUGUGCUGGUGUUUGACCUUUUUCUUAUCAUAAUCCUUAACUUAUAAUCUUAAUGUAGAGGAG